AUGUUUGCUACAGUAUUUUUUGGCUUUCUUGCUGUUCUGGGCUUCACUCUCAAUACUGUCACGGUACUGACUUUCACCAAGAAUCGUAAGCUUUUGUCCGCGGCAGAUAUACCAGUCCUUAGCAUGGCAGUAGCUGACAACGUUUUGUCCACAAUUGCAACGCCAUUGGCAGCAUUUGCAAGCGCCCACGAGAGGUGGCCGUUUGAUUACAGCGGUUGCAGUUGGUACGCAUACUUCAAUGUUACCGUAGGCCUUGGUUCUAUCUUACACCACGUGGCCAUUGCAGUUGAAAGGUGCUCGAAGACUCAUUUUCCAAUGUCAGCAGAGGUCACUCGAAAGAAGAUGUCAGCAAUCAUUAUUCUUAUUUGGGCAUUAGCCUCGAUCUGGGGAAUCUUCCCAUUGAUUGGCUGGUCUGCAUAUGUCCCAGAAGCCAAUGGGAUAUCAUGUUCUCUAAGAUGGAAGUCAAUCAACACCGCUGACACUUCUUUUGUGAUUUGCACUUUCACCUUCUUCCUAUUACUGCCCUCUUUUGUACUUAUAGCAUCCUAUGCCAUCAUUUAUUACGACCUUCGACAAAUGGAAAAAAGAUCAAGGCGCAACUGCGGUAAAAAAUCCCAGCAAACGCUAGAAACUGUUCUCGCUAAAAAGAGAUUAACCUUAACAACAUUCAUUAUGGUUGUGAGUUUUCUAAUUGUUUGGUCGCCUUACGCAGCCCUGUCCUUUUAUAAAGCAUUUUGGAAACCAGUAACUCUGUCCCAUUCAGUAUCUACGGCCCCUUCCAUUUUUGCCAAAACCUCUCUUUUCAUUAAUCCUGUUACAUAUUUCAUUCGUUACAAAAGAUUUAGAAAAAGCGUAAAGAAACUUUUUGGGUAGAUGUUUUCUUGUGGAAAAGGCCACUCCACAAUGCAGCAAAAGCUGUCAGCGAAAUUGUAGAUAGAUUUAGAAAAGCCAUAGACAACAAUUUAUACAUUUGUGGAGUAUUCAUAGACUUUUCAAAAGCUUUCGACACCGUGAAUCACCAAAUAUUGUUGAUAAAACUAGAGAAAUAUGGAAUAAGGGGAGUUCCCUUAGAAUAGUUCACGAGCUAGCUUGAUAGUAGGCAGCAAUGUGUGGCUAUAGAAUCGCUAAGACGAAAGAUGAUCUGCAGCACUCCGCAGGGUAUUCCAUUACGGCGUCUGGUCAAGGCGCCUGACUUCCAAGAUUUUUUCUGAUGACCUCGUCAGCUCGCGACAUGAAAACUUUCGAAGUUUUCAUCAAUUCUGAAUUAAGAGAACUUAAGGAAUGGUGUAAUAUUAAAAAUAAUUCUACUAGACUUAACCUCGGGCAAAACCAAGCAUAUGUCAGAUCCCCAAAAAUGUAUUUGAAAGUGUAA